AUGGCUGAAUUCGACACCAUGUACCUCCCCGGGAGUUUCGCUUCCGGGGAUGCGUUUGACUUCACCGCCGCCGACUUCGAUGUGACUGCUCCUGGCACCGUCUCUCCUUCCGACCUCAUGAACAAUACUGGUGAUUCGUACGUCAUGUCCAACCCCGCUUCGACCGCCUUCCCCAGCCUCAACACCCCGGACUCCAGCUACCUCGAGUCGCCCGCGUUGGCUUCUAGCGGUUUGAAUACCUCUCCUAUGGAUAAUGGCCUUCUGGACAGCACUCUCAACUUCAACGAACUCGAUUCCAUGGCUCCCCUGUUCCCCCCGGGGCUCGAUCAGUUCGGCCAGCACAUGUCUGACGAGAAGCCCAUCCGCAACACCAGUUUCACCUCGGUCAACUCCACUCGUUCGGCUUCUAGCAAUGCGUCACCAAUGGUCCGCCAGAAAUCUUCUCCUGGGCGGCCUCCGGCCCCUUACCCUGCGAACGUUCCUCACGCUCGCAAGCAUUCGGAGUCUGCUGGUAUCUCGAAGAAGGUUCCUCGCAAGGUCCUGCCUGAAAUUGAUAUCAACUCCGAAGACGAUAGGGAGACGGCCAAGCGAAAGAAGAACACUGCCGCGGCCCGCAAGAGCCGACAGCGCAAGGCUGAUAUGAGCGAAGCAAUGGAGGCCGAAAUCAACCGUCUACGGGGCAUCAUCUUCCGGAUGGGCGGCGACCCAGAUGCGGAAUGA